GGGGGGCGCCGGGCCCGGCGCGGCCUCAGACCUGAAACUUGGGUAUUUCUGACUCAGUGCAGACUUCAAGUCCAGCAGUGUCACAGGCUUGCUGAAGGUGCUGUAGGAACAAACUGGGAACUCUGUGCUUGGAUAGGCUGAAGAUCUUCAUGUAACUGUCUGAAAAAUGGUUCUACAAGAUGACAGCACCAACUCUAAGACUGUUGGAAUGGAGACUAUCUUCACUUUGACAUGAAGUGUGAAGUUUGUUAGUCACCACUUUCGUUUCUUUUUUAUGGUUAUUGUGAAAGGUUCCAAAUGGUGUGGGUUUUUAUCAUGAACCGGAUGAGCUCCCAGAGCAGUUCAUCCACUCAGCGCAGGCGAAUGGCUUUAGGAAUUGUCAUUCUCCUCCUGGUUGAUGUGAUCUGGGUGGCCUCUUCAGAACUCACUUCUUAUGUKUUUACAAGGUACAACAAACCCUUUUUCAGUACAUUUGCAAAAACAUCCAUGUUUGUUCUAUACCUCUUGGGAUUUAUUGUUUGGAAACCAUGGAGGCAACAGUGUACUCGUGGGUUUCGUGGAAGACAUGCAGCUUUUUUUGCAGAUGCUGAAGGUUAUUUUGCUGCUUGUACAACAGAUACCACUGUAAACAGUUCUCUGAGUGAACCUUUAUAUGUUCCUGUAAAGUUUCAUGAUUUACCAGCUGAAAAAAAUGGCAGUAAUAGUAGUGAUGCAGAGAAAACACCCAAAAAGCCUCGUGUGAGGUUCAGUAAUAUCAUGGAGAUUCGGCAGCUCCCMUCAAGCCAUGCUUUGGAAGCAAAGCUGUCCCGAAUGUCAUAUCCAACAGUGAAGGAGCAGGAAUCAAUCUUAAAAACUGUAGGAAAACUCACUGCAAGCCAAGUAGCAAAAAUUAGCUUUUUCUUUUGCUUUGUGUGGUUCUUGGCAAAUUUCUCAUACCAAGAAGCUCUGUCAGAUACUCAAGUUGCCAUUGUCAAUAUCUUGUCAUCAACCUCUGGACUUUUUACUUUAAUCUUAGCUGCAGUCUUUCCCAGCAACAGUGGAGAUCGUUUUACCCUGUCCAAAUUAUUAGCUGUUAUUUUAAGCAUUGGUGGUGUGGUACUUGUUAACCUCUCUGGAUCUGAAAAAUCUGCUGGAAAAGAUACAAUAGGUUCCCUUUGGUCUCUUGUAGGAGCAAUGCUGUAUGCUGUGUACAUAGUCAUGAUAAAAAGGAAAGUAGAUAGAGAAGAUAAACUUGACAUACCAAUGUUCUUUGGUUUUGUAGGACUGUUUAAUCUCCUGCUGCUGUGGCCAGGGUUCUUCCUGCUUCAUUAUACUGGAUUUGAAGCAUUUGAGUUUCCCAAUAAACUGAUAUGGAUGUGCAUUGUCAUUAAUGGCCUUAUUGGAACAGUUUUGUCAGAGUUCCUCUGGCUGUGGGGCUGCUUUCUUACCUCAUCACUGAUAGGCACACUUGCCCUAAGCCUUACAAUACCUCUGUCCAUAAUAGCUGACAUGUGCAUGCGAAAGGUGCAGUUUUCCUGGUUAUUUUUUGCAGGAGCAGUACCUGUAUUUUUUUCUUUUUUCAUUGCAACUCUUUUAUGUCACUAUAACAACUGGGAUCCAGUGAUGGUGGGAAUCAGAAGAAUUUUUGCCUUUAUUUGUAGAAAACAUCGAAUUCAGAGAAUGCCAGAAGAAAGUGAGCAGUGUGAAAGCCUCAUCCCUAUGCAUAGUGUUUCACAGGAUGGAGACAGCUGCUGUUCAUAGACWAAAGUUUAAAAAUGGAAUGAUGCCCAGUGAAGAGACAAUCUUCUGGAAAAGUCCCUAAGGAAUCAUGUUUCAGUGCCUAUUCUGAAUUURUAGUAAAAAUAAGAAGUUUCAGUUCUUUUGAAACUCUAAACUUUUUCUCUUUCUUGCUUUCAUCUGAUUUUAUAAAUGAACAGAUUUACUACAUGCCUAUCACCAUAGAGAGUCUUAGUCCAUCUAAGCAACCAACCUGCCUUAUAACUCUUGAGUUGGUGACAUUACUUGACAAAAUCAAGGAAGCAAACGCUGUUAAGUGAUUUCUUUCUUUUUUUGAGUCACAAUUUUGUUAAAUGCUGGACAAUAUUAUUUUUAAAAGAUACUUUAAAGUGGGUUAUGUAAAUAAGUUUGCCGGUCAUCAAGUCUUACAGGCUUUCAGAUGAAAAGCUAAAUAGAUAUCUUACCUGUAGUAGGUACAAAUUAAAUUUUUUAUGUUGUAUAAACUAUUUGCAUAUUAAUAGGAGAAARUAGAAAAAUAAUUUAUUAAGUGCAUUCUUAUAAUUGCUGAGGCAGGAUCUUUUUACGGUCCUGGAACACUACAUAUAUAAUGUCUUAGGCCAUUUUGAGUAGCCUUGUAAUGGCAAUGGGUGCUGAUGUUUAAAAAUCAAAAAAAUUGCCCAACAAUCAGGAGUGCUUAAAAUUUCAAUGAAUGGUAAAAUAUUUCUAAUCACAAUACAUUUGGGCAUACAUUCUUAUAYAUGUUCUAAAACAGACUGGUUCUGUAUGACAGUUAUCUCUCAGACAUGAAAAGCUUCACGUGUAGCUGCCACAUUGUGAAAGUGAUCAAAUUAAUUGUGAAAGGUUUCAGUUAAUGGGUUGGCACUACACUAAUCUGCUAAACAGUCUGAAAAGGAAAGGUGUUUGGAUUGAUUUUUCCUUCCUCCCAGCUGUAUUAAUAAAUUUAUUCUAAAACUGAUAAUUAUCUUCCUUCCACUGAAGUGUUUCUAUCCUUUUUAAUUCAGAGAAGCUAUUAUAAUUAUAUUCAGGAAUAUUUGAAAUUAGUCAAUGCCAUUUUCCAGCUCCUGGCCUAUAAGACACUUUGAUCAAAAUUAAUUUUGGCUUUUGAUGGAUUUUAUUUUUUUAUAAUGAAUGUAGGAUGGGUUUUUAGCCAGGAGUAUUUUCUUCCACAUAACAAGGUUAUUAAUAAUGUAGGKUAUUUCUACUGUCAUUCCACACAAAUACAGAAGGAUGACAUAGCAGAAAUGCCYGUUCAUGUUUUGGCACUCAAUAAUGAUUCUUUGAAAAGAAAUUUUUGUCUUUUGGUGAUAAAAUUGAUAAAAUAUUAUUUGAGAGGGAAUGCAGGAAAGCAACAUGCUCAGCUCUACAUUUAUAGAAGAAUUUGAGCUGGUAGCUGGAAUUUAAUAUCAGAACUGCAUGUAAAGAAGAAAGACAAAAUUAACCCAGGGCAAUUCUGGUCAAAUAUUUAACCUUUAUCAAGUUUUUCCUUCCUGUUUUUGAUACUGGAUUGCAGUACAAGCUUUGGUGAUCUGAGGCAUCUCCUUAAGAUGAGACAGUAAGUCCUUCUUUGGAUGCUAAAAUAGGAAUUAAAAAAUCUCCAAACCAACUACAGAAAAAUYGCAAACAGAAAACAGACAAAAAAAGUUGAUUACAAUUCAUAUUUAAAUUUUCAAACCCCACAAGUAGAGGGAUCAAAAAUGCAGUAUAUUGAACUAAAUUUUACUUCAGUAGAAUAUUCAGGCAUUUUUUAUUAAGUGGAGUUUCCUUAGGUUUUGGAUUUGUCCUUCAAAAUUACAACAAAUUAGAGGAUGCUUGCUUCAACUUUUUUYCAAGAGGUAAUGUUAAUGCCUACUCACAAAAAAAAAAAAUCUCUUCAGUUAAUGAAAUGCUUCAAUGAGAUCCUGCUGAAUAUUUGAUACCAGGCAUUAACUCCAAAUUUGAAUUCAGCUGGGACUUGUGGCAUCAGUGAAUUAAGCCUGGGAAAACUGAGUUAGCUUUCAGAUGGGCAAUGACAGUAUUUGUAGCAAAAUUUUCUAUUACGGUUUUUUGAAAUUGGUCAUGCUAAUAGAAUUGGAGCUGUAAUGUCAAAUGGGCAGCUGCUAUUUAUAUUUGCCCUUAUGYUCAUGGCUUAAAGUCAAAGAUCAUCAGAGUCUCCCAUGUAUAKAACUGUUAAUUUGCAUUAUUCAUUAGCUUGAGAGGUGAAGAAAAGGACUAAGARAAUAUUAUUCUGCCUCUGACCCUGGGAAUGUUGAAGAAUGUUCAGUAAACUCAAAGUCAGGGCCUUCCCACUGUUUUUGUUUUUAACAAAACUGUGUUAAUAUUUUUUUUUAAUAAGAUAUAUUUUUAUCUUGUGGCUCUAGAUAGCUGAAGCUGUGUUUUUGCAUUAAGUUACAGUUCUUUAAAGAGUAAGAACAAAACAAACUGUCCUUUCUGAAAGGAUUUUUAAACAGUGGUGCCCCUGUAGUUACAAGAAACGUGUUACACUUUUAAUYACAGAAGCUCUGGCAUAUAACAUUGUUCCUGCAUUUAAUAGAUUGUGAUGGAGUUUUUUGUACAAAACCUUGUGAUUUUUAGUACAAUAAUAUUUUAUAAMUAUAAUGUCUGAUUUGAAAUGUAAAUUGCAUAGCUCUCUAAUGGGUGCUUGGUAAAUGCACAAGAGAUUUAGCUUCGAUUCUCAGGUACCUCUGACGCAAUGGAGACGUGCUGGGUUUUUCUUCCCCAUGACACAACUGGAAUGUGAAGGAGCUCUCUCAUGAAUGCUUUACCUCUGUGUGGUAGCAUAAAUUGUCAUUGCUCUUACUGUUUCAAUUUGGGAAUGCCUUUAUUCUGGCUUAUUUCUUGUAGGAACCACAUACACUUUAGGAAAAUAAUGUCAAGCAUUUCUUUGAUUGUCAUUAGGUGGUUAAGGAACWGUGAUUUCCCAUGCCUACAAAAUGGGAAAUGAAUAUGUGUUGCUCUGUCAAACAGUUGAACUAAUUCCUGUAAUCCUUUGAGGCAACCAACAAUUUCUUCUGUGCGUGCAAUUGAGGUUUUGGAGCUGUUUGGGUUUUAUAUAUGAAGGAAAUGAUAAUUUGCCAAAAGCUACAGAACAUGCCUUURCUUUUAGGGUUUUGGUGAGUCUUGCCUGGUUUGAUAAGCAGUGUGCUGCUCUUCUGAACAGAGGCAGAAAAGGAUUUCAGUUUUUUUGGCCACUUCAUGCUGUGUUUCAGUCAUGAUGAGAAUGUGUUCACCAUGAGGGACUGAUGCAGAUGUAAUGCUGUACAGCAAAGCACUGAGGUGUUUGGUGUUUGGCUUUCCCAGUGCUCWCUACAUCUGCUCCUUGGCUUCUGGCCUGUGGAAUCCCUGUAAGGAGUAGGGGCUGCAGUGUGGGGCUGGUCUGGCUGGGC